AGCAUUGCUUUGCUUACUUCGCAACGUCGAGGCGUGGCGCAGACUGCACACUGCAAUAAAAAUGUGUAAUCUCUUCCUGGUUGAAUCAGUGUGACAUUCAUACAGGAUUUCUGAGCAGCAUGUCUGCCGCUGAGUGGAAGCAGAGAUGUGAGGCUGAGUGGAGUCUGCAGGGAGCACCGAUGCCCGACAGCCUGGAUUGGAAGUCCGUGUACGAAGCCAGGCCGCUGGGAAGAAACUUACUGAAGAACCCCGCACCUCACGGGUUGAAUAAAGAUGUUCCUCCACCUGAACCCGAGCUGCCUGAAGAGCCCACACGUGGACCUCCACGUUUUCAGCCUGAUGGUGACUUCACCGGCUGGACCACGAGCAUAGAAGUCCUGCCCUAUGAUGACAGUGACAUCCCAGAAGGUGUUGUGGUCUGUGCUUUGCCUACAUAUAGCUGGUUCACUAUGGAGCAGGUUGUGGACCUGAAGGCAGAGGGACUGUGGGACGAGCUGCUGGAUGCUUUUCAGCCUGAAAUAGUCAUCCAAGACUGGUAUGAGGAAAGUCAGCUGCAUAAAUCCAUCUACCAGCUGCAUGUGAAGUUACUGGGUGCGGACAAAAGCACAGUGAUCUCAGAGCACUCUGUCAGCCCCACUGAGGACCUCAGCGUUUACUCACACAACUGGAAGGAGGUGUCGCAUGUGUUCUCUGGCUAUGGACCUGGGGUUAGAUAUGUCCACUUCGUUCACCGACUGAAGAACAGUUUCCUGAAUAAUUUCUUUCCCACACUGUUCUCUGGCAGCUCAGUGAUUGUGAAACCACUCAAAACCAGCCCAUAGGACAAAUCCUGCCGUGCAUGUGUAGUUGCUAAUAUAUCCAACCAGUUUGGUCUUUAGGCUGGCAACUGAAAAGAACAUAACAAAUGUGCAAUCUUUUUUAGUGACCAGUUUUGCUAUGUUUUUUGGGGUUGAUUUUUGCAAUAGCUUUUGAGAUAUUUUCCAAAUAAGGCCAAUCUUCCUUGUCUUCUGGGGGUUGCUGUGUGGUGCAAUAAUAAAAAAUACAGUUCACAUAA